AUAUCUAUAUUUACUAGCUAAGAACUAGGUUUUCAUCAUGAUAUGAAGAUUCCACCUCAUGACUUCAAAGAUCCCGGGACUUUCCAUUCCAAGUAUUAAUUCCUAGAAGUUUACAAGGAUUUACCAGCAGAGAGACUAUUUUUUUGAAAGUCGAAUUAAAAUGUCACAUUCCGAAGAAAAGGAAUUUACAAGAAGUCCUGCGGUUGCCAGAUUAUCAGAGGAGGAUAUAAAGUCCAUUUCAGAGAAACUGAGACUUAAACUAACGCCAGAGGAAUCCAAAGCAACAUACGAAUUCUGUGGAGAUAUUUCUAAAGGCUAUCAAAGGGUCUAUGAACUCACCCCACCAACUUCUACCGUCAAAUACCCAAGGACCCCCGGCUACAGAGAAACAGAGGAUGAUUCUUGGUAUUACAAGUGUGACAUAAAAGGAGCUAAUAAUGGAUUAUUGGCGGGAAAAACAAUUGCAAUCAAAGACAACGUGUGUGUGGCUGGAGUUCCUUUGAUGAAUGGAAGUAAAAUUCUUGAAGGUUUCGUACCUGAUAGAGAUGCUACAGUUGUUACAAGAAUAUUGGAUGCAGGAGGGAGAAUUACUGGAAAGGCUGUCUGUGAAGACCUGUGUUUCUCUGGCUAUGGAUCUACAUUACCCUUAGGACCUGUUAAAAACCCUCAUGAUCCAACAAGAACAACAGGCGGAUCUAGUUCUGGAUGUGCUUCUCUGGUUGCCAGAAAUGUUGUUGAUAUGGCAAUUGGUGGGGACCAGGGCGGAUCCAUUCGUAUCCCAGCCAGUUGGUGCGGCAUCGUGGGACUGAAGCCGACAUACGGAUUGGUUCCCUAUACCGGGAUAAUGCCGAUAGAAGUCACUCUGGAUCACACUGGACCGAUGGCCAGGACGGUAGAGGACUGUGCUACUCUCUUAGAGGUGAUAGCUGGAUAUGACAGUGGAAAUGAUCCAAGACAAUAUCCAACUAUGCCAACUUACCCUUAUUCCAAGUUGGUUAAUGAUGAAGUGAACGGUAAGAGGGUAUUCAAGGUAGCUCUCCUGAAGGAAGGUUUUGAAGAUGUAGAAGAAAGCUUGGCAAAUAUUGUAAGGGAUGCUGCCUAUAAACUCAAGGAAGCUGGUGCGGAAGUGCACGAGGUCUCCCUCCCAAUACACAAUGAUGGUUUAGCAAUCUGGACAGCCAUUGCCUUUGAGGGAACCUACCAAACUAUGGUGAAAGGAAAUGGUCAUGGAUAUGGUUGGAAAGGAACCUACAACCUCCCUCUACAAGAAAAGCUGGCAGGUGCUUUUAAUCUUCGUCCGUUUGACUGUCCCCUACCUGUUAAAGUCAUCAUGCUUUUUUCAGAGUAUAUACAGAAAGAGUAUCAAAACAAAUUUUACGCCAAGGGUCAGAACUUGGUCCAAUAUUUGACGAUGGAAUAUAACAGACUUUUGAAGGAUUAUGACGUCAUGAUCAUGCCUACACUGCCGAGGAUGCCAUCGAAACUCCCGACACCAGACACAUCAAUUGAAGAAACCCUGAAGCGUCAAAAACUAGUAAAGAAAAAUGUAGCCCCCUUCAAUGCCACAGGACACCCCGCUCUCACCAUAAACGCAGGCUUCAUUGACGGACUACCUUGUGGAAUGAUGAUAGUGGGCAGAAUGUUUGAGGAAAGUACUAUUUUACAGGUCGCUCGAGCAUUCGAAAAAAUUCGAGACCGGACCUCAUAGUUCAUAAUUUCAUUGGAGGCGGAUUAAAUACGUGUUAAUGGAUUUGUGUACUCCCUUUUCAUUGUUAACUCUUACUGCAAUUUGAUAUUGAGUAUCAGUACAUGUAUAUAGAUAUUUAAAAUAAAGAUUGUCUCUCAUUUA